CCUCCUCACUUUUCUCUCUCCUCAAUGGAUCCCUCUCCUCUCUCGAUUUGCGUAGCCACCUUAGCUCUCCUAACCUCUCUCUACAUCUUCAAACGCUUGAGUGUAAGAUUACCACCCGGCCCGAGGCCUUGGCCCGUUGUUGGAAACCUCUACCAGAUAAAGCCCGUCAGGUUCCGAUGCUUCGCUGAAUGGGCCGAAAGUUACGGCCCAAUUAUGUCGGUUUGGUUCGGCACGACUCUGAACGUCGUCGUGUCCAGCUCUGAUUUGGCCAGAGAGGUGCUCAAGGAGAAGGACCAGGCCUUAGCUGACCGACCCAGGAACAGGGCCUCGGCCCGGUUCAGUAGGAAUGGACAGGAUCUCAUUUGGGCGGAUUAUGGGCCUCAUUAUGUGAAAGUGAGGAAAGUGUGUAAUUUGGAGCUAUUUUCGCCUAAGAGGCUUGAGGCUUUGAGGCCGAUCAGGGAGGAUGAGGUCACUGCUAUGGUUCAGUCUAUAUUUAAGGAUUGCACCCGACCAGAUAAAAUUGGGAAGAGUUUGGUGGUGAGAAAUCACCUGUCAAGUGUGGCCUUUAACAACAUUACAAGGCUUGCAUUUGGAAAGCGCUUUGUGAAUGAAGAAGGUGUGAUGGAUGAACAAGGCUUGGAAUUCAAGGGCAUUGUGGCCAAUGGCUUGAAAUUUGGUGCAUCACUCUCACUCGGAGAGUAUGUGUCAUGGCUGAGAUGGAUGUUCCCUUUGGAUGAAGAGGCCUUCGCCAAGCAUGGUGCUCGCAGGGAUCGUCUCACUAGAGCCAUUAUGGAUGAGCACACGCGUGCUCGCAAGGAGAGUGGCGCGAGACAACACUUUGUUGAUGCAUUGUUAACUCUUCAGGAAAAGUAUGAUCUUAGUGAAGAUUCCAUUAUUGGACUACUUUGGGAUAUGAUAACUGCUGGAAUGGACACAACAGUCAUCACCGUGGAAUGGGCCAUGGCCGAGUUGGUCAAGAACCCAAGAGUCCAACAAAAGGUGCAAGAAGAACUCGACCGCGUCGUUGGCGUCGACCGCAUCAUGACAGAAGCCGACUUUGCCAACCUUCCCUACCUCCAAUGCGUUGUUAAGGAGGCCCUCCGCCUCCACCCACCCACACCCCUCAUGCUUCCCCACAAGGCCACCGCCAACAUCAAGAUCGGAGGGUACGACAUCCCCAAGGGAUCGGUUGUGCACGUCAAUGUGUGGGCCAUUGCCCGUGACCCGCAUGUGUGGAAGAACCCGUUAGAGUUCCGACCAGAGCGGUUUGAGGAGGAGAAUAUCGACAUCAAGGGGAACGAUUUUCGCGUGUUGCCCUUCGGAGCAGGGCGAAGGGUCUGCCCCGGUGCGCAAUUGGGUAUCAACUUGGUGGAGUCGAUGUUGGGCCAUUUGUUGCACCAUUUCAAGUGGGAGUUGUCUGAAGGAGUGACGCCAGAGGAGAUCGACAUGACAGAGAAUCCGGGGAUGGUUACAUUCAUGCAUACACCGUUGCAGGCAGUUGCAGUUCCUAGGCUGCCGUCGCAUUUGUACAACCGCGUGGCUGUUGAUAUGUGAAAGAGCGGUGCUAGUGUCAUAUAAACUCUGCACUGGAAGUAGUUUGUGUUGUUUUCGGACUCUUGAUUCAAUUUCUGACAUGUGAACCUACGUAUAUAUGUGAAUUCAUAAACAAUGCUGUAAUUUUGGUA